CCAGGAGAACAGAAGAAGAGAUUGUGCGCGGAAACAAGGGGUAGAGACAAUAUAAGCAAUUAGAUACUAAGAACGUACUUGUACAUUUUAAAACAAGACACAUUUUGUAUACUUUGUUUUUCAAAUUUACUUUUUAAAAAUCAAUAAUCUGUGAUUUUUCAGUUAAUAUGCUAUUGUCGUAAGUAGCGUGUUUUGGGCCUCCACGAGGUCGGAUCCGCUCCGCUCGGUUCUUCAGAUCAUCAGGUUUUGGAAACUGAAUUCAGGAUGUCUUUUAACUUUGGUACAGCUAACGUUACUCUCGGCGCCGCCGGUACCAACACCGGCGGGGGCUUUGGAUUUGGUGCCGCGACCAGUACCCCAGCUACAGCAGGCACGGGUGGAUUCACGUCCGGAGGUUUUGGCACAGCGACCUCCACACCGGCCGCCACCAAUACCACCUCCACACUAGGAUUUGGGUCCAGUUUAUUUGCACAGAAACCAGCAACUGGGUUGAAUUUUAACUCAUCCGCCUCAGGAGCUGCCACACCAUCUACUGCCGUUACUUUAGGGAGUCUUUCAACCUCGACUGCUGCUAACACUGGGUUCACCCUGGGCUUUGGAAAGCCAGCAGCCUCCGCUGCACCUUUCUCACUGACCACCACGACCUCCGCACCUGCAGGCACAGGCCUGACUCUGGGAUCCAUCCUGACCUCCACAGCCCCUCAGCCCAGCAACUCUGGCUUUGCCUUUAACUUGGGAGGCCCGGACACUACUUCCUCUGCUCCUCCCUCUGGGUUUUCCUUUGGUUCUGGUCUCUUCUCCAACUCUGCAGCAACAGGUUUGGGACAGUCUACUCUUGGUUUGGGACAGUCUACUCUUGGUUUGGGACAGUCUACUCUUGGUUUGGGACAGUCUACUCUUGGUCUGGGACAGUCUACUCUUGGUCUGGGACAGUCUACUCUUGGUCUGGGACAGUCUACUCUUGGUCUGGGACAGUCUACUCUUGGUCUGGGUUUGACUCUGGGUGGUUUGGUCUCUGCUUCUGUUCCUGCCAGCUCUGCUCCUGUGCCCAGUCUUGGAUUGGGUGGUGUUGACUUUAGCACUUCUUCUGACAAAAAUACUGACAAGUCAUCAAGCACCAGACCAGAGGACAGUAAAGCUCUUAAAGAUGAAAACUUACCAGGUCCGAUAUGUCAAGAUGUGGAUCAUUUUCAGAAAUUUGUCAAAGAGCAGAAGCAAGUGCAUGAGGAGAUCAGCCGGAUGUCCUCUAAAGCCAUUCUCAAAGUGCAGGAGGACAUCAAUACCCUCCGACAGCUUCUCUCUGUCUGUGCCAGCGGCCUGCAGAGAAACUCACUAUCCAUAGACAAAUUAAAGAUGGAAACUUCUCAGGAAUUGAAGAAUGCCGACAUCGCGUUCCGCACCCAGAAGACCCCACCUGGACUCCAACAUGAGAAUACAGCCCCGUCUGAUUAUUUCCGUACUCUAGUGGAACAGUUUGAAGUGCAGUUACAGCAGUACCGUCAGCAGAUCGAGGAACUGGAGAAUCAUCUGACCACCCAGAGCAGCGGCUCGCACAUCACCCCUCAAGAUUUGUCCCUGGCCAUGCAGAAACUCUACCAGACGUUUGUUGCUCUUGCUGCACAGCUGCAGGGGGUUCAUGAGAAUUUUAAGACCUUAAAGCAUCGGUACCUGAGCUACAGACGAGUCUUCCUCGACGACUCCACCGACGUGUUCGAGUCGAGACGCACAGCCAGUAAGAAGUGGCAGAGCUCUCCUCACGUCAUCACAGGCCCCGCCCCCUUCGGCAGCGUUCCCAACGCAGCGGCCGUUGCCAUGGCUGCCACUCUCACUCAGCAGCAGCAGCCGGCUCCAGGACCACAAGCGCCCCUGGGGGGCAGUUUUGGCACUUCCUUUUCAUCGGGUAUUGGCACAAGCAUGGGCUCAUCCAGCCUCGGAGGGUUUGGAACUUCUAACACCUCAGGCUUUAACUUCAGUAACCCAGGCAUCAAUGCAUCGGCUGGGCUGACCUUCGGUGUGUCCAACACACAGACUCCAGGGUUCGGGGCGGGAGGACCCCUGUUACAGCUCAAAAAGCCCCCUGCGGGUAACAAGAGGGGCAAGAGAUAAAACAGCAUGUUGGUAUGAGUGUAAAGGGAAAUGUCACGAGGUAAAGAUGAUGUACGUCUCAGAUCUUUAUUUUUAUAUAUAUAAGUGUCUGUAUAUAUAUAUUUUCUCUUUAGGAUGCCAUUAAAGGGAUAUUUGAGAUGGUUAUAUUUGCUUUUCCUUUUACCCUUGUGACUGUGCUGUUUCUCUAUUUUUGUUUACCAUCGACUGUGGUUAAACGAUCCUACACUGAUAUCUGGUUAGAACGAAAGAUUGUAAGAUUUAGCUGACAUGACCAGUGUCAGAUGAGUUGCAUAAGAUCUAACGUAUGUUGUCGUGCACAGAUUUCAAUGUAGAUGCCAUUGGUAUUGAUGAUACUUAUGAACUGAGUUUACCUGUGUGUUUGUGGCUUUAUUUCCAUCCACAUAUUCUGUGAUUGUAAACGUCAUCACAUUAAAAUGUCAGUUGUAUCUGCUAAAUUGUACCAAAUAGAUGUCAACUUGUAUAAGAAUGUUAUGUUUGUAUAUGCCAUGUUUGUUUCUGAAUGUUUUCAUUACCAAAUAGUAAGAGUUUCUAUACUUAAGCAAACUUUGUGCAAACAAGUAUUUUUUGAGAUGACAGAGGUGUUUGUUAUUAAAAGACAGCGACCAUUA